AUGGAGUUCAACGUAUCAAAUAUAAAUGUUGAUAAAGCACAUUUUUUAUCAGCAAUAUCGAUUUAUUUAUAUAAACCGCAUGUCGUGAAUAAACGUGUAACAACUGUCCGUUUUGCUUCAGCACUAAAUCGUGACGAUAAAAAAUAUUCAACAGGAACAAAUGUUGUUGAUAAACGAACAUUAAUAGCAAAAAAUCCAAGAAUUUAUCAUGAUCAAGAUGAAUAUAUUCUAUCGAAUGACAUAUCAGUUGAAUUUCGACCGAUAGUAUUGUAUUCAAUGGGUACGAAGUCAUGUUGUGUUCAAGUAUCGGCAUAUCGUUUUGAAUUAAUCGUCCAUGAAAAUAAAAUUCGAUUCACUGUAUUCGAUGAUAAAGUCGAUAAAGAAAUGCUUUGGUUGAAAGAUAGUCUUUUGCCAAAAUUUAUUAAAUGGUGCCAAUCGAAUAUUGAAAAUAGCACAGAAAAUACUACAUUAAAAUUAAUAUCAAUUGAAGAAUAUCAACGUGAAUAUGAACGAUUGAAAGUAAAAUAUGGAAAAUAUCUCACCGAAAAUUGGCGUGAAAGUACUGAUCCUCAAAAACAUGUUUUUGAAGAUUUAGGGAUUGCAAGUUAUUUAUUAACUUACUGGCGCCAAUAUGCGUCAUCAUUCCAUAAACCUAUUAAAUAUAUUGAUUUAGGUUGUGGCAAUGGUCUCUUAACGUUUUUACUUUCAUCGGAAGGUUAUCCGGGACUCGGUAUUGAUAUGCGUCGUCGUCGUUCAUGGUCGCUAUUUGGUUCAUCACUUUAUCAGGAAUCAUUAAUUGAUCCUCGUUCGCCAACAUUACAUAAUUUAGUCAUAUCCAACCAAUAUACUGUUCUUAUUGGUAAUCAUUCUGAUGAAUUGACUCCAUGGCUACCAGUUUUAGCAUCGCAAUGUUCUUGUGAUGUUUUUCUAUUGCCUUGUUGUUUCUUUGAUUUCAGUGGGAAAAAGUUUAUCACAAAUAAUCAUAGUGAUACAACACAGUAUGAACAAUAUUUACAUUAUAUCGAAGAAAUCGCGACAAUACUUAAUUUCGAUAUAAAAAGAGAUAAAUUACGUAUACCAUCGACUAAAAAUAUUUGUUUUAUGUUGCAUGAGAAAAAAAUUGAUAUAAAUUCAAUUCAUACACGUUUAUUCAAUCAUUUUGGUAUUGAUAUUACUCAUGAACAUGCUGAUCCUCAACAAUCGAACCAUCGCUCAUCAUUGAUAAAAUCUAAACCCGAAUUUUAUUCAACAAAAUUUUCUAUUAUUCAUUUUCUCUUCGAACAUCUUUUAACUGAAAAUAAGUCAUUAACUUUAUCGGCAGCAUACGAUCUUCUACCGAAUGAACUUGGUGAACAAUUAAAAUCUGAAAAUGGAGGUUUAAAGUCAAUUAUUCUUUCUUACCGUCAUGCAAUUAAGUUUGAUCCAGAAACAAAAUUAAUCACAAUAGCUGAUCCACAAUUAAAUUCAAUAACACUAAAAAAGAAAGAAUCAUCGAAACUAAGUGUCAAAACGAAGCCAUGCUUUUUUUAUGCAUUUCAUCCUAAUUCAUGUCCAUUGACGGAUGAACAGUGUGCUUUUUUUCAUUGUGAAAAAUAA